AUUAUCAUUGUGGCCCAAAGUGUUCAUCUCUGCAACGUUUCAGUCAGAGAGCAGAGAAGCAUGGAAAUUUUACUCCCGCGCUCAAACCUGCCCUGGGAAAUUCCAAACUCACCUCUGCUACUUUGUCAGGCAAUCCCAAAAGGAUUGGAUCCUCCGCUUUCCAGAUGUAAUUAUUGGUUGUAAAUUCACUUUCUUGAGGAAAAAAAAUUCUGUGACGUUUCCUAACAAUGUGCCAGCUGGACAUGAGUGGUGAUCAAGCAACUCCUGCUUACGUACCUAAAUUGUCUUUCUCGGGGGAAUACGUGUUUAGCGUUAUGUUUUGGAAGCUGACACCUAUCAUCAAUCUAGGCAGGUGUUGCAACGCAGGCUUGUUUAGUUUGCAUGAAGCUCUUCAGCCUUCUAUAUAAAUGAGUAUUGUGACAAUGUUUCUUCACAUACUUCUGAGUACAACUCUCUCCUAAGCUCCUCCAUUCCUAUUACCACAUUGAGUUUUCUUUUCUUCUUCCUAGAUCCUCAAAGCGCCUGAAGUCUUAAGUAGAGAACCUUUCAUUUUUAUUGAAGCGAUGAGUGUUAGUCUUAUUUACUGACAUGGAUUCUCUGAGGUUAUCUCUUUAUGGAAAUACAGAUUCCAUGACUAGCUCUGUAGAAGAUGAUGGGGACCUUGAUCCUGAUAACAUCACCAGGCUGAAGACGAAUAAAACAUAUAGCAAACUCCAAGGGUUGGAUUCAUUGGUAAGCAUUGUAAUAAUCUCAUGGAACAGAGACAAUGGAGACUGUGAGCAGAAGGCCAAGACAAACUUGAUGAAUGAUCACCUCAAGACUGCCACAUUUAAACCAAAGGUGGUGCCAACUCUUUCUCGAGCUAUCUCAGUGGUGGGAUGGGUAUCCCAAAACCUCCUUUCUCCGGUGACCUGUCAACGACUCUAUCUCAUUGGCAUCCUCUCAUCUCUUCAAUCUCUUUAUGCACUCUCUCUACACAAUUUCAUGGCCUUUUCUCUCUCUCCACCGACGCCUCUGCACCACCUGACGCGUUUCUCAUGCUUUUUCAACACCUGGAUACAUCCUACUGGCAGUAUCUUCCACCCCACGACCUUCUUGAAUCAUACUUUGUUCUGUACUCAUUUCAAACACACAACAAAAUACAUACCCAACUCAGUAAACUCUCAACUCAAGCACCACAGAAAAAACCCAGAGACUCAUCAUCACAUUCUCUCUCUAUCUAUGGAGAACUCUUCCUUACCUUUUUCCACCAUCACCUCAACCUCUACCAGGAAUUCAGAUUUCUCCGUCCAUGAACCACUGAGGCUGAACAACUUUCCUUCAACAAUACCAACAGCCUCUCAGUUCUGUCACCCAUCACAUUAUGUGUCACCUUCCCAAAGCCUGCAACUCCCUCACGCAUACUCUGUAGAGCUGCAAGCUGGUCAGCCUUUUGGUUAUCCAGCGCACCCCUUUUUGAUGGGCCAAAAUGUAAAUGAAUUUGGUGGUUUACCCACCCCCAUUAAUGGCGGUGAUGGGGUGCAAGGAACAUUCUUCUUGCAGACAGAUUGGCUAAAUAAUGAACAAGAGAGAAAGACAAUUCUUGAUCCAUAUAUAACCAAGGUUGCAAGGAUCAAGCGAAGACUUGCACGCCAAAGGAGCCUUAGUUUGCAUAGAAAUUCUUCUACGGGGGCUUCUUCAGGUCUGCGUUCUUCAACUCAGGUAGAUGCAAAAGUGAAUAGCAAUAACAAUAUCAGAAGAGAUCUAUACAAGUUUUGCACCCCAGACAAUAAGAGACUAAGAGUGUUGCUGAAGAAAGACUUGAAGAACAGUGAUGUUGCGUCGCUGGGGAGGAUAGUCCUUCCAAAGAGAGAGGCGGAGGAAAACCUUCCAAAACUCUCUGAUAAAGAAGGCAUCCCGGUAGUGAUGAGGGAUAUAUACUCUAAGCAAGCGUGGACCCUUAAGUACAAGUUCUGGAUCAAUAACAAGAGCAGAAUGUACGUUCUCGAAAAUACAGGAGAUUUUGUAAAGCAUAAUGGACUGGAGAUUGGAGAUUCCCUUACUCUAUACGAAGACGAAAGCAAGAAUCUCGUGAGUUUUCCUUGUCUUCCUUAUAACCAUGACACUAAUCAGAUAAUCCAUUAAAAAUUUAAAGCAGGAUUUGAACAUGGAAAAAGGGAAAUGGGUUGUUUAGCUGGAGGACAAAAAUCCAUUCUACAAUUUGGAAGGACGUGAAAAGGAAAACGGACAAAGCACAAAAUUGGGGAGGUUAUAAAAAAUGGACAAAAUGGCAUGGGCAUUGAAUGUACACGUAAUGGAUGAUGUGUUGGUCAUACAACUGUUCAAAUUAAACACGUAGGACUUUUGAAAUUGCUUGCUAGAAAAACACUAGGACUACGCACUUGGAUGAGGUAAAACUGUUGGAGCUUUAUAGCUGGAGUUGAACAUAGCAAGUCUUGCAUCACUGACCACACACACAAACAUGGUAAUUGCUUUGGCUUACAGUGUUGUGAAAGCAAUUAAGAAUUAUAGGUCUAAUAUGGUGUUCUUUGUGUAAAGAGUCAAAAAAAUGUUGACACAGAUCUGAUGAACCGUUUCCGGUUUUCCUGCGAGGUGAGGGCUUACCGU